ACAAGAAGUGCAAUCAGCAAAGGUUUCCUUUUUGGUGGAUUGACAGCUAGAGGUGUAGACAUGCUGCUGAAGAAUGGGUUUCUUUUGCUCUUUGUUUUGGUUGCAUCAGCAUAUGAAACGGAUCAAGAACCUGCGCAACCAAGGAGAGCAAGAUUCUCAGCCAACAGCCCUACUUAUGUUGCCCGAUGCCUGAACGGUGCUCUGCAGGUGGGCUGUGCAACCUUCGCCUGUCUGGAGAAUUCCACCAACUGCCACACUGACGGCAUGCAUGAAAUCUGCAACGCCUUCUUCCACACAGCUGCAAUUUUCAAUACAAAGGGAAAGACCUUUGUGAAAGAAAGCAUCAAAUGCAUUGCCAACGGCAUCACCUCUAAGGUUUUCCAGACCAUCAGACGCUGUUCUGACUUCCAGAACAUGAUUGCUGAAGUGCAGGAGGAAUGUUACAAAAAGCUUGACAUCUGUGAAGUGGCCCAGUCCAAUCCAGAAGCCAUUGGGGAUGUCAUCCAGGUGCCCAGCCACUUCCCAAACAGGUACUACAGCACACUUCUGCAGAGCUUAAUGGAGUGCGGCGAUGACACUGUUGAGGUGGUGCGAGCUAGGCUAGUGUCCAGACUGGGGCCCGACAUGGCUACCCUCUUGCAGCUGCUUCAGAACAAACCCUGCCCAUCCGAACCAGCUGCAGUGGGGCCUGCUGGGAUUGAGGGUCGCACCGGCUUCCGCUGGCUCCCCAUGUUCAAGAUCCAGCCCAACCUCCACAACAGGGAUCCCACUCACCUCUUCGCCAGGAAACGCUCAACUGAAGGGAGCUCUUAGGGUGGCAUGCUUUUAUGCCCACUGCAGCAUAUUCAGUAGCAGAAUUGUUAAAAGCACAGUUUCCAUUGACACAGUCAUGCAUAAUACCGAUGCAUAUAACUGGAAGAGUAGUGAUUGUAUCAUUUGAGUAUAUAAUGCGACACAAAAUGAAUCUUCGCUUAGUUCAUAGAAACCAACAAUUAUUUCAUUGCAUUGCAUUAAAUGUACAUCCCAAUGUCAUUUCUUGCAUGUUAAUGUUUUAGACUACUAUUUAAUUGUAUUUUUAGAUUAUGACCCUGUUGUGGAUUUGGAAAAUAAAUCUGAUGCACCACAUUUUGAAAAAGGAUACCUGACACCUCUACAAACUUGUAGUGGCAGGUCAAAGCUAUUUAUUAAUGUUGGUUUAAUAUAAUUAUAGAUAUAUUUUUUCUUACCAACUAUAAUUUAUUUAGCUUAUGAUUGUUUAUUUUACCUACUAAACAAAGUCUGAAAUGUUUGCACUAGUUCAGUUCAAAGAUUCUUUGUUCAUUAAGAGAGAGAAACUAAUUUUGUGUACAGAAACUGUAUGUUUCUUAUGCUGGUCAUAGAAAACAUUAUA